AUGAUCGCGUUGCUGUUCCUUUUUAGCACAGCUGCGGCUGCUAUCUACGGCAAACCUCUGGCCACUGUGCCGGGACAACAGGAUGCAAUCCCCAAUUGGGACUUUCAACAAUUGCAUAUAGUCUCCAAGAACAUUGCAGCUCUUUCCGAGCCAGGCGUCGACACUUCAUCCUGGCAUCAUGCGCCUGUAUCCCGAUGCACUUUGAUGGGCUGCCUCUUGGCCGAAGGCACCUACGCCACAGAUGGUCCUGAUGGGCUCUGGUACUCUGAUAACCUUGACCGAUUUGACCAGAGCCCGUUCACUACUCCCUGGGUGUAUCGGAACCAAUUCCGCUUGUCUACAUCAUCAAAGCGCCAUUACUUCCUUCAAACUAAUGGAAUUACCCCGGCUGCAGACUUGUUUCUUAAUGGCAAGCAAAUCGCCGACAAUGUUACUCAGUCAGGCUCCUAUGGCGGCCAUACGUACGACAUCACGGCUCUCACACGAAAGGAAAAUGCACUUGUAGUCAAAGUCUAUCCUACAAACUAUCAAGAGCACCUAGCAGUCGGAUUUGUCGAUUGGAAUCCUUAUCCGCCUGAUAAUGGCACUGGAGUGUGGAGGGACAUUACAAUCAAGCAGACAGGCGACGUCUUUAUGGGUCCUGUAAGUGUGCUUGUUGACAUGGAUAUACCUAUAAAGCAGAACAAAAACCGUGAUGCGGACGUCACCGUCAAGGCUCAGGCCCGAAAUCUGAGCAAAAGGCCAGUAAAAUUUAUCGCCAGAGCCGAGAUCAGGACUCCAGACAGCAAACACCUCAAAGUUCUCACCAAAACUAUUCACCUCGGUGCCAAGGCCUCUGUAACCGUUAAGCUUCCGACAAAGAUCCAAGAUCCACAGGUUUGGUGGCCAGCAGCUUGGGGUAAACAACCACUGUACUCGGUCCAGCUGACCUACUCUGUCGGGCAAGGCACUUCAGACAUCAGUCCCCGUACCAAUUUUGGCAUCCGAACCGUGUCAUCUGAGCUGAAUGCGCACAACGACACGUUGUUCAAGGUGAAUGGCCAUCCAAUCCAGAUCAGAGGUGGCGGCUAUACGUCCGACAUGUUUCUACGGUGGGACUCCCAAUAUUUUGGACAUAUAGCACGCUAUGUCUUAGAUAUGGGUAUGAAUGCUAUCCGACUGGAAGGCAAGAUGGAGCAUCCCGAACUCUACGACAUUGCUGACAGACUCGGUAUCAUGAUCAUCGCUGGGUGGGAGUGUUGUGAUCGUUGGGAGGCUUGGCCCUACAAUGAUGACAUUUCCCAGGAUCCUCCCCGAAAAUGGUCCGAGAUUGACUACGAGACCGCCAACGCUUCCAUAAGGCACGAGGCGGCCAUGAUGCAAACCCAUCCAAGUAUGAUUGCCUUCCUCGUGGGCAGCGACUAUUGGCCCGAUGAUCGGGCCACAGCGAUAUACCUUGGGGGCUUACAUGAUGCUGGAUGGCAAGUUCCCGUCAUCUCCUCAGCUGCGAAGCGUGGUUAUCCAAAGGCCCUUGGCCCCUCCGGAAUGAAGAUGGACGGGCCUUAUGAUUGGGUUCCGCCCGUCUAUUGGUUUGACAGAGAACCAACAGACAACAGGUCUGGCUCCUCUUUUGGGUUCGGAAGCGAGCUAGGCGCUGGCGUUGGAACGCCUACUAAGGGAAGUCUCACUCGGUUUUUGACGGACAAGGACAUGGAGGACUUGUGGAAGAAGCCAAACAAGGGCCUCUAUCACAUGUCACAGAAUACAUCACAGUUCUACGAUCGGUCCAUCUACAACAAGGCCCUGUUUACGAGGUACGGCAAGCCUACAUCUCUGGACGACUACCUGAUGAAGGCGCAGAUGAUGGACUAUGAAGCGACACGUUCUGAGUUCGAGGGUUGGGCAAGCCAAUGGAGCGCUUCACGUCCGGCCACUGGUCUGAUCUACUGGAUGCUGAACAACGCCUGGCCGGGUCUCCAUUGGAACCAAUUUGACUACUAUCUCCACCCUGCUGGGUCGUAUUUUGGCACCAAGAUUGCCAAUCGCGUUGAGCACGUAGCUUUCGAUUACUUCAAAAGCUUUGUCUGGAUCAUCAAUCAGUCGCUUGAUCAUUCUGGUCCGCGCUCCGUUCAUGUCGACUUGGUGGAUUUGAAGGGGAACCAUCUAUCUCAACAGAAGCUUCACUUCACCACAAAGCCGAAUAAAUCUCAAAAGGUUGGCGAUAUAAGCAGCUCCAUCAAGAGGAUUAAGGACGUUGGUGUGCUUCGCCUGCUUCUAGUUGACGAUGAUACUGGGAAGGUCCUCAGCCGAAACGGGUACUGGGUAUCCAAACAGAAGGAUAUAGUAGACUGGACCACCACGUCAUGGUAUUCUGUCGACUCUAAACAAUCUGCCAAUUUCACUGCGUUGAACACGAUGGACCAAGCAAAUAUCACAGUGUCAGCCUCCAAAGAAAAGCUUUCUGGAGGUUGGGAGCUCCAACUUGAGAAUACUGCUACAGUCCCCGCAGUGUUUGUCCAGCUCAACCUGGUAGAUAAGCGCGGCAACGAUGUGACUCCGUUGACCUGGUCGGACAACUAUUUCACUCUGCUUCCCCGCGAGUCGAUUGAAGUCAAACUCACUGACUGGUCGGGCAAAGGUGCUACAAUACAAGUCGAUGGCAAGAAUGUGAAAAGGUCUUGGAUCAGAUUGGGCUGA